CUUACCGCCUAAGCUAAAUUCCGAAAUCUAUCUCCACUGCCAAGAUAACCCCUUUUUUUACAAUGCCUGAUUUAGACCCACCAUCCAUAUUUUCCUCACCAGCUUUACUACCCAUUGUUCCCAGCUCCAAUCCCAUGAAAUCCAUCACGAAUGGAGCUGAGAAUCCCCUCAAUUUGAAAACCUUGAACCCCAAUUCCCUGUGGGAAGUCAGCAAGAAGAAGGGCGAGGUAAGAGAGCAGGGAGAGUUGGAAAAUCCUAGCAAUGGCAGUGGCAGUGAUGGGAUUAGUGCUAUGAGGAUCUGCUCAGGUGCUGAAAUGGGUGGGAAUAAGAGCUUGAUAGAGCAUGUGAAAGAUUGGGUUCAGAGGAGGAUUGAUUCUGGGGUUUCUGAGCAUAGAUGCUACUUGCCCUUUCUUGUUCAUGCUCCAAGAAUGGUUGAAUGUCGUGUUUGCAAAAGCUGUGUGUUCCCAGAGGAGGAGAUAUUAUGCUCUGUUCGUAGUUGUCAGGAGGUAUAUCAUUUAAAGUGUGCCAUAGAAAGGCUUCGGUUCUCAUCCUUAAAACCAUUCAAGUGCCCUCAGCAUGCUUGUUUCCUAUGCAAAGAUAAAAUCCACUUGUUACGCUGUACAAGAUGUCAUAUGGCUUCACACCUGAAGUGUGCGGCAUUUCCAAAGGAUAUAAUCUAUCAUCCUAGUCAAGAGGGCCAAAUGAUUUGUUGGAGACAUCCUAAUGAUUGGCACAGUGACAGAGAGCAAAGAGUUCCAGCGAAUAACAUGGAGGAGGUAUUCUGUCAAUUACCUAUACCAUACAGUGAAGAGGAGUUCAAGAUUGACAUAAGUUGGAAAGAUAUGAUAGAGCAUAAAUUGGAGCCACCCUCUUAUGUCCACAUCAGGCGAAAUAUAUACCUUGUUAAGAAAAAGAGAGACAAUGCUGAUGUUGACAUCGGAUGCACGAAUUGCUGUUCUACUGAGUGUGCCGAGGAUUGUGUCUGUAGGGUUCAGUCCAUCAGCUGCUCAAAGGCUUGUCGUUGUUCUGAUAUGUGCACCAACAGGCCAUUCAGAAAAGAGAAAAAGAUCAGUAUUGUCAAGACUGCACUUUGUGGUUGGGGUGUUGUGGCUGCUGAAGCAAUUAACAAAGAUGACUUUAUAAUUGAAUAUGUUGGGGAAGUUAUAAAUGAUGCUUUAUGCGAGCAAAGACUAUGGGAGAUGAAGUUCAAAGAAGUCGAGAACUUCUACAUGUGUGAAAUUCGGAAGGACUUUACAAUUGAUGCAACAUUUAAGGGAAAUUCUUCUCGUUUUCUGAACCAUAGCUGCAAUCCAAAUUGUAAAUUAGAAAAAUGGCAGGUUGAAGGGGAGACUCGUGUUGGUGUCUUUGCUGCUCGAACUAUUGAAGUUGGAGAACCACUAACCUAUGAUUAUCGAGAAAUUGAUAUGGAGGGUAUGCCUCAAUGAGACAGAUAUUGGAUAUAGCUGGAAUCUGAGUCUUCCGUUUACCAGGGACUUCUCUUUGUUCUUUAACUCAGUUUGGGGAUGAGUCUUAAUGCAGUUUCUUUACCCAAUUUGCAGUGAAUUUCAUUUACUUAAAAAAUCCUUUCAUUUUAUUUUACUCAAUUUGCUGUGAGUUUCUUCUACUAGUUCUCCUUUCAUUUUAUUUCACACUCUAGUCUAGUGCUCUAUACCAUCUCAAAUAAAGCAUCUUCAAGAAAAGGUUUUGCUAGUUGGUGCAAGUGCCAGGGCUAAUUCCCUGUAGCCAUUCUUUGGUAGGAAUGAUUUUAUCUUGGAGAAUCAGCUAAUCAGUUAUACUCUGCUGCUUAGCAUUGUAAACUUAUGCAUAUGCUUCUCAGAUUCAUACAAUUCGGGCCAGAGGUUAGGUGCCACUGUGGAGCUUCAAAUUGCCAAGGCUAUCUGGGGACCAAAAAAAAGAUUUGCAAAGUGG